AUGUGUGACAUUAACGUGAGGGAGGAGGAGGAGGAGGAGGAAGAGGAGCCAGGCGGCGUCAGGAAAACAACGUGUUCCACGAUGCUCUCCUCCUCCCCUCUCUUCCUCCUCCUCCUCCUCUUCCUCCCUCGGUCUCUUGGUUGUCAGACCAGCUCCUUCACUGAGUGCCAGCAGGUCCCGUUCGUGCCGGGGCACAACCUGGCCGGUGAGGGCUUCGACGUGGUAAAGAUGCAGACCAGUGGAGCCAGCGUGGUCGACGUCAAGAACUUCAUGGUGGGAGGAGCCCAGGGGAACUGCACCGUGUGCCUGAACCGCCUCCUCAACCAGACCCAGAAACUCCCGGUGUCAGUCGUGGACUGGAGGAUCAAGGUCGAUGCCGGGCGCAGCCUGGAGCAGAACGAGAUCUUCGAGUCCAGUCGCAGUCCUGCAAGCCAACAUCUCGGCCGGCCACUGAGCAAGUUUCCGUCACCCACCGUAAGCAACGUCUUCUGGUCCGAGCGCAGCGCAGUCACAAAGGGGGGUCAAAUCAGUGCGGCCUCCGGCUUCUGCCACGCCAAGAGAAAGCUAAAAUCGGAGCUUACAUUCAGCCAAGGCCCUUCUCCCGACCGACCACCGGAGGUGACAGACAACCCUGUCCUAAAGUCCAGCCUACGUAAUGCCAUCAGCGACUACAUCCGCAAAAGUGCCAAGCCGCUCCGAUGCCCGGCCAGCUGCAAGAUCGGCCACCAGAACCAGAACUGUGCCUGUCAGUGUCGAGGACACCGCAUGGUCAGCUCCAACUGCUGCCCUGCUGAGCCCGGCGUGGCCCGGAUGAACGUGACGGUGAUCCGAGCUGUGGGGCUGUGGGGAGACUACUUGUCCAAGACGGAUGGAUACGUUAAGGUCUUUUACGGUACACAAGGAGCCACGACACCGGUGAUAUGGAACAACGACUUCCCCUCCUGGAACUACCUCAUUCGCUUUGAAACCGUCAACCUCCGUUACAGAAAACCGAUCCGUUUCGAGGUUUGGGACCGGGACAACCGCUGGAACGAUGACCUGCUGGGGAGAGUGAACCUCAUCCCCACAAUGGGCCGCAACAUCAACAAGAAGUUCAAGUUGAACCACGGCUCGCUGUAUGUCCGGAUGUCUGCAGUGUGCGCUCCCAGUCUGCAGGGGUCGCUGUGCGAGCAGUACGCCGCCUCACCCAACUACGAGGACGUGAUGGGAUACAUGAAGGAGGACCGGGAGGACCAUUGGGGUUCAGGGAAGUCGAGUCUUACGGCUAAUGGGGCUCAAGGUGGCUCCAUCCUUUGAAUUCUCUCUUUACGCUGUUUUAGUCGAUUUGCUGUCGAUGUUUGAGGAGUUAAGAAAGUUCUCCUGCUAGCUCUCCUCUCAAUACUCCUUCACGCUUGUUAGCAUUACGCUGUCCUAACGUCAGUAAGCCCGACUCUUAGUGAACAUUAAGGUGUAAACUGCAAUGUGGAUUAAUGUGCAUUGUCCCAGGUAGGCAGG